GAAAUCCCUUAAAGUUCCGCAGGAGUAGAAUGGAUAAAGCAAAACUAGCGGGUCAGAAAGAGGCCAGUGUGUGAAUUUGAACGGCGUGUUAUUAUCUGUUCGCGUCCCUAAGCAUACUUAAUGACGGACGACAAGCGCACGCUCGAGAAUUUAUCAGUUCAGUCGGGGAAGCGUGAUGCGAGUUGCUCGCGAGCACAUUUGGAUGUGAGCGCGAGACGCGAAAGGACGAGCUCGUGAGCUCUUCACUUCUUCCCACAAGAAAGAUAAGAGGUGGAAAGAGAGGAGGAAUCACCGCACUGUCACACGGACACGCAAAACAACCCCGAGAAGAUGGAGUGAACAAGCCGUUUGAUGGAAAUAGCACUUUUCGUAAUUUAGGCUCCUUUUUAAAACAUGGAUUAGCCUACAGGAAAACGUCUUUAUAAAUUCACCGCAAUUGUGGAACAAACUUUUUUCUUUUGGAUGGACCUUGCAAAACAUGAUCCGAGGGAUUGUUCCCUCCAUAGAUGCAAUGAAAAUAUGAAAUAUACAUGCUUGAAACUGACCUGACGGCAACCAAACCAUUACUACAGACUUCGCUAUGGCAACUUAUGCAAGUUUGGUUCGGGGCGCACGCACUUUACUUUGGCCUUUCGCUUGUGUGCUUGUGUGUUUUAGCUGUUUUUCCAUCGCCUCUUCCAACCACCACGGCCGUCGGUUGAUUUGCUGGCAAGCGAUAUUAAACUGCCAGUCGGAACCCGAGUGUCAUUACGCGUAUGACCAGUAUUUGCACGCCUGUGAAUCGAUCCUGAGCGGCCAGAGGAAGAAGUGUCCCAGUCACUGCAUCUCGUCGUUGGUGCAACUCAACCUGACCAAGAGCGGCCCGGCGCUGGAGGACUGCAGCUGCGCCUCGGACCCGCGCUGCCGGGAUAUCAAACGAUCCAUCGAGCCGUGCCUGCCCAAAACUAGCAGCAUGGGCUGCACCGAAGCCCGGCGCCAAUGCGAAAGGGACACCCAGUGCCGAAGCGCGAUGGGCGAUUAUUUAUUUCACUGCGGGAAACUCUUCAGCGGCUCCAGCUGUUCGAACCAGUGCCGCAAUGUCAUAGCUUACAUGCGCAAACUACCCAAAGCUCAACUCUUGGAUUCUUGCGUCUGUGAUGGAUCAGAGCGGACAAUCUGCGAGUUUAUCAAAACUAGUAUGAAAACGCUUUGCUUUGACUCUCCCCCUGUGGAUGAAGAAGGCUCCACCAUUGACUACGAUGACGAUGAGCCUGGUGAUGAGGAUUACCCAGAGCCAGAGCCCACGAGGAACACAGGUUCUCCUUUUGUGGCAUGUUCUGUUUUGACUGUGGUGGUGGUGGCAUCCAUUUUGGCUGUAGUACCGCUUCCUUGAUGACUUUGAAGGCGAGUUAAUGAUCUGCUCCAACGGCUGUUCGGGAAUAGUGCAUUUUGUCAAUUUUCUCCUGCUUUCCUCUUCAUUUAUGGCAAGCUGUUAUGUCAACAUUUAUUCCUUAAAACAUCUAGUCUUUGUUGUUCUUUUCCCCCAUAGCAAGUAACCCAAUAGUGACUAUCAACUUUUGUUUGUUGUUCAUUACUUGUUUUUAAGUUACUAGUAGCAAUCCCAAAAGUUGAUAGUAGGACUAUAUAGGCUAUCCCAUAUUUUCUAAUAACAUUUCUUUUUUCACAAGUUGCAAUGACACGUCAGAAUGGUUAUCUUGUAGCCAUAACAUUAAAUGAACUUAGAAAUACUCGUACUAGAAAGUUUAAAAUGGUUACCAGUGGACUAGUGUGUAUAUUCAGAUUGGAAAAGUAAAAUAGGUUAUAUCUGAACCACAAAAUUCAGCAAUUUCAUGCCAGUAACAAUGGAUUAGUGACUUGUCACUAAAUGACAUGACGGGAUAGUGAUUAAUUGCAAAGGAAUAAGGAAUGGAAGUACUAGCAAUAAUGAAUGUAAUAGCCUAGCUAAUGAAUCCAUUGAAAAAAAAAAGAAGACUAUUAGAUUACUUGCCACCAAUUAAAAAAAGUACUAGUAACAUAAAAAUAGACAUGAGUUAGCUUUAAGGAAUAAAUGUUUAUAGAGCUUGACAUGAUUUUUCUCCAAAGAGUACAAGUUAAGCUUUGUGUGACAUUUAGGUGCAGUAUCCAAAAAAUGUCACAUUGUAAAUGUGUUUUGAAUCACUAUGCAAAUUUAGCAUUUCAGAUUCGGCCCAGGCGAACAAUGUCUUGUUUAUUGUAAGUUUUAAUUCUGAAGCUAAAAUUCUGUUAUUUGAAGUUAUUUAAGAGCAGGGAUACAAAGUACUUUAUGUCAUUCAACUGCCUUAAACACCAACUUGCCUAUUUCAAGUGCUGUUUUGUAAAAGACAAAUUUAUUUCCAUAAAGAUAUAGAAAAGUUUAUUUUGUUACCUAGACAUUUUAACAGUGAAAGUUGUAAUUAUAAAACUGUGCACUGCCAAUAUAAAAUUAGAUUUUUUUUUUUUAAAAUAUGUAAAGUAUUUUUAUAAAGUUGCAAACGACUUCAGAUGAGUAACUUCUUAAAGUGUUUGGAAUAAGGAAAAGAAUGAGUAGAUCUCUAUAUUAGCUAACAUUUGAUAAACCUUAUGAAAGUCCUAGAGAUUCAUAAGAGAACUUUAUUUUGGUCAUAAAGUAACCUUCGAAAACAAAGGGUGAUGAUUCCAGCUUUAAAGGGAAGUGAAAUAUCUGUUGUAAUUAUUUUCCUUUUAAGAUAUUGUACAGUGUACAGAUUUUCAGAGAAUAUUUUAAUUGUGUUAUCUAAGAUGAACUAUUUACUGUGUAGAAAUGUCUAAAUCCACUGUAUGACUGCCUCAGUGAUGUUCUUUUUAUAGAAGGCAUAAAAACUAAAGUGCAAAGACUCAAACCGAGUAUGUGUAUUUUAUUAACGUUUGCUAUAUGUCAUUAGGAAGUUUCAAUGCAUCGACUCCAUGCGUGACCAUGCAUGGAUUCUGAUGCUAAAUCUAGAAUAUGCUGGUUAGCACAGCAGAGCUUUUCAGGAACAGAUUAAGUAUCACAGACAUAAGGAGCUUGAAGCGCUGACACACGCCUUAGCAAACAGAAGUGUUUGCUGAAGGCAUAAACUCUGAUAUUUGGAUAUCUUUAGAAUGUGAACACAAAAGCGCGAGUGGCUUUUCCCUGGGGUGUCCGUUUUGCAUCUGGGCCAAGACUGACAGAGGUUUAUUUAUUUUUCAAUCACUGUGUUUGCUUAAAGGCCUUUGUCUGCGCACCACAACUUCAAGUAUAAAGCUGUGAAUUCUAAACUAACAGAGAAACAGUAGCAGAUAAACAUAAACCGCAAAUUAAUUAUUUUGUUACAAGUUGUAUAUUUGGAUCUUUUUAGCUACUGAAAUAGUAAGUCAGCAGUAACUCACUCUCAGGAGGGUGUGACUGCAGGAUAAGAGUGAACUUCAACUUUACAGUGUCAGGAUGCUUAAGGCUUGCUCUUUUUUUCAGUAAAGUAUUGAUUUUA